CACUCACCGCUUGCCGUAGGCGCGCGCGCGGUGAAGCCUGGGUAUUGGGAGACUGAAAGCGGCGGGAGAGCAGCACAUCCAUCCUCAAAUUUAACACAUUUUUGUUAUGCUGAGCAACAAUUAACUGAAUAGAGUGAAUUUAGGCGAGCACACGAGGUUUAAGCUUGGUCAAAUCUAAGGUGUCUGGCAGUUUAUACGGUUUAGUGUGUGUGUGGUUGUAGUGUCGCUUUUAUUGUUUCCCCGGGAAACUGGUUUGAACGUUUGUUUUUGGUUAGCCCCCCCUUUUUUUUAGCGCUUUAGAAACAAUGGCGAAGGUGCAGGUGUUGAAUGUGGCUGUCCUAGAUAACCCGAGUCCCUUUGGAAACCCCUUUCAGUUUGAAAUAACGUUUGAGUGUAUGGAGGACCUCCCCGAAGACCUGGAGUGGAAGAUCAUCUAUGUUGGCUCCGCAGAGAGUGAAGAGUAUGACCAGGUCCUCGACUCAGUCUUGGUCGGCCCAGUACCUGCUGGAAGACACAUGUUUGUGUUUCAGGCUGAUGCCCCAAACACUGGAUUGAUUCCUGAAAGUGAUGCUGUUGGUGUAACUGUAGUGCUGAUCACCUGCACAUACCGGGGCCAGGAGUUCAUUCGCAUUGGAUACUAUGUGAACAAUGAGUACACAGACCCUGAGCUGCGUGAAAAUCCACCAAUCAAGCCAGACUACACACAGCUCCAGAGAAAUAUUCUGGCAUCAAACCCACGUGUCACCAGAUUCCAUAUAAAUUGGGAAGGCUGUGCAGAGCGAAUGGAAGACUCUGAAAAUGUGGAUCCUACGUCAAACUCCACGCUCCCUCCAUCCUGUCUCCCUGGCAAGGCCCCACCCCUGGGGUUACUACCAGAUAACUCUAUGGACUGCUUAUAGAGACCACCCAUGCCCGACAGUAUGAGACCUUAUUUUUGAAGAAUGCCUGUGGACAUUCUAGUGUGGAUGUACAGACAUUUUGCCUUACAGCUGCCCCUAUUUAACUGAAGCUUAUCAAGAAUGAACUCUCUCCUCUGGCUUCAGAUGAGUGUUUGUUCCAAGGAAGAUGAGGAUGAUAAUGAACAUCUCACCAGUAUAAUGCUCAGUUAUAAAUGGGGAAUUCCUUACCAUGAUGUUGCAAGCAGUGUUGAAGUAUUUCAACUCAUGGAAGGGAAACAGUGAAGUGAAACUGAUCACUGAUGUGUGAUUCACCUUCCUGCUUUUGUUGGUGCAGAACUGAUUUGUACCCAUUUCAGAGCAUUUAAGCACUGAAGCAAUAGGCAAAUAAACUGCAAUAUAUUGCUGUACAGGAAUUUGAUAUUCUGCCAUUACAUUUUUAGGUUUAAAUUCCUUUUGCACUUAAACUUUUUCUCCCCUUAGGGUUUUGAAUGGGCUUUGUAUGGGCUGAAUCACCUCCAUUUUUGCAGUGUUGUGUUCUAAAUAAAAUAACAUUGUAUUUGUUAUG